GCCACGUUUGCCAGGGAACAUUCACCACUGCGCGCGUGAGGAAGAAGAACAACAACAUUCUGCCUUUUCUCACGACUUCACACGAUUCCUGACGCUCCCCUUCCAGCAAGUAGCACACAUUCUCUUCGCCGUUAUCAUUGAUAGCGACACCCAUUCAGCAACGGCACCCAGUCGUACGCACGGGCUCAAACAGCGGGUAACUGCCGCGCGGGAUGGACAAGUCGACAAGACCCACCGUCUCUCCAAGUGAAACAAAGCCCAGUACAAGUGCCUCUGGUAAAGACACAGCACCGAAGGACAAAGGCGGGGCUCAAGUACAAGAACCAUACAGUAAGGCGCUUCCAGUCCCAGGGAAUGGCGCCGGGGGACAACCUGAGAAGAAAGUGAAACAUCGAAAGAAACGGAAGAAGAAAAAGCACGAAGAUAAAAAUGUAGGUACCGGUCCGUCACUCGAAGCUCAAGUCCUACAGCGGAGUCCCGCGCGAUCGCAGCUGCCGAACGUGACGAAGGAACACAAAGGCGUUGGCACCGGCGAUUCGCUCGAAGCUGAAGCUCUACCUUUUAGCUCUCAACGAAGAGAGAAGGCACAACCGAGUGAGUCUGUAGCCGCCACCAGCCAACGCCCGCAGAAAUCAAAACCUGAAAGUACGUCACCUGCCGAAUCCUCGCAACCUGAGAAGCCACCUUCCGAUGUACCCUCCCUUGAGGCUCUGUUUGCGCCACCCAGUGCAGGGAGUGCCUCAGCAGACAAGGCGGGCAAGGAAAGUAAGAACGAAAGAAAGCAAAGCGAUCGGAAGAGCGGCAAAAAGAAGGCUGUAACUCAUUGGUUCCAUAAGUUACAGACGAGGGAGGUUGUCGUGAAAAUUGCCCUGGGACUCACCGCCACAAUCUCCAUCGUAGCUACCAUAAUGUCCCUUGUCUGGUUGAAAAGCAACGUCGUGGACGUUGCCGUGCGAGAGUACGGCACAGUUCGCGGCAGUGCCUUACAGGUUGAAGGGAAGCAGCUAUUCGAGUUUCUGGGUAUCUACUACGCAGCCUCUCCGGAAGGCAUGCAGAGGUUUAAACUGCCGGUUGCAACGAGAAAAGUCACCAAAGUCUUAGAUGCCACCGUGAAGCGGCCGGGAUGUAUGCAGCCCCCCGUUUACAUCAACUCUGAAACUAUUAUCAAGAACGAAGGUACUAUGGAAAACUGCCUGCAUCUCAACAUCUGGACCCCGUGCUUGUGGCUGGGCGAAGUGGAGUGCCAUAAGACGGUUGUGGUAUUCUUCUUCGGGACGGUGUUUCAGAACGGGGAUAAUAACCGCUACGACGGCCGCUACUUUUCAUCUCUUGGCGAUGUCGUCCUCGUCGUUCCGAACUUCCGGCUCGGUGCCUUCGGUUUCGUCGCUCAUGAAGGUGUCCGUGACGCUCCAGGCAACUUGGCAUUGCACGACCAGCAGCUUGCCCUCGAAUGGAUUCUGAAACACAUCCAGAGCUUCGGUGGCAACAGCAGCGACGUCGUGCUCAUGGGCAGUGGAUCCGGUGCUUGGUCCAUUGGAGCGCAUCUACUGAGCGCCAAUCCCUUCUGGAGAAGACGUUUUUCCCGAGUAAUAAUGCAGGGAGAAUCGCCUUUUAGCAGACAAUUUAAAGGCCGAGUAGAUGAACUGGGAAGUGCGUUGCAGUGCCAGGCAAAACAGCCGUUUGAGUUGAUGAACUGCAUACGUAAAGCACCAGCGGCAGCGAUCCUCGAGCAAACCGUGAACAUGAAGAAUACCUUCGGUCCGACGACUGACAGAGAACUGCUGAUCGACGUACCAUCAAACCUUACCGAAAACCAUAUUAUCCAGGACAAAGAGCUGCUCGUGGGCUGCGUCAGCAACGAAGGCAGCUCUGUCAUCACCAAUCUCGUCAAGAACUCCACGACGUCUAACAUUCGUGAAGCGCUGGGCCGUCUGCUCGCACUGCUGGAUGUAAAGAAUCAAACCGCCGUCUUUAGUAUGUAUACGAACGGCAGCGAGAAGAACAUCGACUGGGCGCACUACAUGGUCUCCGAUAUUAUCUACGUGUGUCCCCUCAUCAGCUUCGCCAACUACUUGUCUUCCAAGGGCAACCGGGUGUUCGGCUACACGUUCGAGCACACGGCGUCGUUUUCGCGGUCCGAGGACUCGCCUGGGACGCCACAUUUGCAAGAUCUCGACUUCAUCAUGGGCGUCCCGCUCCAAGAAGGCUUCCCUGCCACACCGGAAGAAAGAGCUCUCAGUCGUGCCAUGAUUCAGAUAUGGAGCAAGUUUGCAAAGUCUGGGAAACUUCCUUCAGUGGACAACUCCGCAUGGCCGACGUACAGCGUGAACAAUCACCGCCACGUCCGUAUUACUCUCAACGACUUCAAAAUCAUUCAGAAGUUCCAUUGGAAGCCAUGCAUGGAUCUCGAAGGCCUGUUCAAGGAACUGGAGCACUAUAAUAUCGACAUGUAAUACGUUCUCAAAGGAGUGUCUUAUGGACACGCGUAAUAUAUUGCAAUAUACGAGUAAUAUAAAUACA